AUGUUGUUGCGCAGCACCAUGGAGCUACGGGCCUUGUUGGCCUUCUACGCGUGUCAUCUGGUGGGCUUCUGCUGCUCGGAGCUCUGGGGGGGCCCGCUUGCAUGGUUGGCCCGCUUCUGGGUCGCUUUCUUAGCCUGGUACACAUGGGGUGCGUGGCGCUGUUGGGAGCAGUUCAUCCGCCACCGUAGUGACAGGUCGCAGAGCAACAGCCCAUCCAACCGGCGCCGGCCGAACCUUCAGCGCCGCAGUCGCUUGGACGUGGGACUGCCGAACACCGAGGACGUCCAAGCAUUGGCACAGGUACUGCCAGCUGCAGGCUCUGCGCCCUCAAGCCCGCAGAGCAGCGUGGUGCUUAGCGACUUUGGGGGAGUCUCCUCGGAGGCAUCGACGACAUCAGGCAGCCCACGUAGGCGUCGUCGUGGCUCGGCCAAACUUGAGCUAAGCCAGGUCUUAAAGCUGAGCGACGAAGUGGCCCUGGACUUGGACAUAGACCACAUUUACCUGGCGUUGGUGCCUUUCCUUUGGGGGCAGAUCUUCAUUGGAUUGCCGGCCUGGGCCAACAUGCUCUUGGGCGCCAAGGACACGCCCGGAGCUUUGCGCUUCGGUUUCUGGCAGCUCCUCUACCGGCUCGGGUACCCAAGGCCCUUGGUGAAGGACCCCCGAAAAACCUGCGCAGAGCUUUUGCUGGAGACAAGCUUGGCAAUCUACUUUCAGGAGGAGAGUGUUGGCGUCGAUGGCAGGAAGCUGGCCCACUUCAAGAUCCCUUCAGUGCCCCACCUGACAGGCGAAGAUUUCCGCAGGAUCCAGCACGACGACCUGAGCGUGGAGAUAGAUUUGGGUGAGAGGGUGCUCUGCACCGCCAGCUAUGGCGACCAGCAGAUCAAAGCGGACGAGGCCAUGGUGUUACUGAACCUCGCCGUUAGCAUCAUGCUGCACCCCAUGCUGCAUGCCUUCGCCAACUGGUCCACCACUCCGGAGAGCCCGGAUGCUUACACAAGGCGCAACUCAAUCGUCACCGUCCUCUUCAACUACUACGGCAUCAAGGCCUUUGCGCAAUGGUGCGAUUUCCUCUGUCAUCUGGGACUUGGGAAAGUCAGCGGCGAGACGUUUACCACUACGGUCAGGUCAGGGAUGCGACAGCAUGUGCCGCCGCAUGCACAGGUGUCGCUCCUGGCGCCGCACAGCCGCCUCGUGAACUUCACUGUUUGUGUUCGCAGCUUCUUUCUGAGGAAGUUCCAGAAGUACCAGGGACAGUUCCCUGGCAUCGACGGUGAAGCGCUCUUCCUCGCCACCGUGCUGCACCCCCUGGAACAUUUCAACUUGGUGACUCUGCAGAGCGCAUAUGACAUGGUGUGCGCCAACCCGACCUUCGAGGGUGAUCUGCAACUCGUGCGGUCGGCCAUCAUUAUAACCUCAGACAAGCUUUGGCUCAGCAAUCUCCUUUACGACUUCAGUUUCCAGGGCUCCUCGCACGAGCUUUUCAAGGAGACCUAUGAGCAUGCCGUACUUAUCGAUGAGGAGUUCGCAAACGAAAUGGAGUGCUGCGUCAUGCGCUAG